AUGUCCCUUAUUUUCAGAUUUGUUAAUAAUUCUGGAUUUUUGGUGGAACGUUUCUUUGAGAUUGUGAGUGUUGAGGACACAACAUCAGCAAACCUUAAGAAAUCAAUUUCUGACAUCUUUGUUCAAUACAAUAUUCAAAUCCACAGCAUGAGAGGACAAGGGUAUGAUGGUGCAAGUAAUAUGCGUGGUGAAUGGAAUGGGCUUCAAGCAUUAUUUCUUAGAGACUGUCCAUAUGCCUAUUAUGUACAUUGUUUUGCUCAUCGUUUACAGUUAACAUUGGUUGCAGCUGCUAAGGAUGUGCCUUCUAUUUGGCAAUUCUUUUCUUAUUUGACUUCCAUUGUAAACUUUGUCACCUCGUCUCCUAAAUGUCUUAGUGAUUUACAAUCUGCUCAACAAGAAGAGAUUGCAUAUAUGUUGACUAUUGGUGAGUGUGAAUCUGGUACAGGAGCUAAUCAAAUUGGUACAUUGCAUAGACCUGGUGCUACUCGUUGGAGCUCUCAUUAUGAUUCUAUUAGGAACUUGAUAGACAUGUAUGCAGCAACUUGUAAGAUCCUUGGAAAUCUCAGUGAAAAUGAGCCAAAUGGUACAAUACGUAGGGAAGCUUGUGGUUUAUGCAACAUGAUUAUGAGUUUUGAAUUUAUAUUUGUAUGGUUUUUGAUGGAAAAGCUCUUAGAAACCACUGACAUUCUUUGUCAAGCUCUACAAAAUAAAUCACAAGACAUUGUGAAUGCUUUAAAAUUUGUCUCAACCACAAAAGUCAUCCUUCUAAAAUUUAGAGAAGAUGGUUGGGAUGAAUUUUUUGUGAAAGUAAAGGUUUUUGUGAACGACAUAAUAUUGAGAUGCCUGAUAUGA